AUUUAUUUAUUAAAAUUUGAAUUGACUUUUUCAAUGACUUCAUACACAACUGGUUCAUUACUCCAUCGGCUACCCCAUUACAAAACAUGUAAAUAAAUACAAAUUAAAGCAUCCAUUUGUCUUGUAGGUGGUAGUCUUUAUAUAAAAAAGAUUAUGAAAAUAAAAGACCAAUGAGAAAAGAUCAAAGAUCAAUGAAGGAAGAGAGCCAAAAAAUGCAAUCCCCUUGCCUAGAAGAGGUUUCACAAGGAUGCCUCCAUGGCUGCUGUCCCUCUCCUUUCCUUAACCAACAUGAGCCUCAAACCAAAGCUUCGAAACCUCGAAACUCUUCGGCAGCUUGCCGCCGUGACUUUGCGUCUAAAACUACUUCUUCUAUUUUCCCCAACACCCAAUUCACCAACCAUGAAUCUCUUCCAUCUAUGCAAGACUCGUUUACCGAAUUCACCAAGGCUUACCCUCAGUAUUCGGAUACCUAUCGAGUUGACCAAAUACGAUCACGAGAGUAUUACCAUCUCUCCUUCUCCGACCAUACUUGCCUUGAUUAUCUUGGCAUUGGUCUCUUCUCCUAUUCACAGUUACAAAAACAGGAGUGCCCAAAAUAUCGAAUUGCCUCAUCUUCCUUCCCUGUGCCCCCAGAAUCGCCUCCUCCGGUUUUGGAUAUUCCCUUCUUUGGGGUGUCUUACAAACCAGGAAAUCUCAAGACACAAUUACUUCAUGGUGGAGUGGCGUCAGAGUUCGAAUCUGUUAUCAGGAAGAGGAUAAUGAGUUUUCUUAAUGUUUCAGAAAAUGAUUACUCCAUGGUUUUCACAGCAAACAAGACAUCAGCUUUCAAGCUAGUUGCAGAGUCUUAUCCUUUCCAGUCUAAUAGGAAGCUUUUAACAGUCUAUGAUUAUGAGAGUGAAGCAAUUGAAGCGAUGUCCAAUAGUUCUGAGAAAAACGGGGCCAAAGUUAUGUCUGCAGAAUUCUCAUGGCCUAGGCUGAGACUUCAGUCAUCAAAGCUGAGAAACAUGUUAGUAAGCAAGGAGAAAAAGAAGAAAAAGAAGAAAAGAAGAGGUCUUUUUGUGUUCCCACUUCAUUCCAGGAUGACUGGAGCUAGAUAUCCUUAUCUCUGGAUGAGCAUCGCGGAGGAAAACGGAUGGCAUGUGUUGAUAGAUUCAUGUGCGUUGGGACCAAAAGACAUGGACAGCUUUGGCCUUUCACUUUUUCGUCCAGAUUUCCUUAUCUGCUCUUUCUACAAGGUUUUUGGAGAAAACCCUUCAGGAUUUGCUUGUCUCUUCGCCAAGAAAUCAACCAUUCCAGUUCUGGAAACUUCAUCAACUUCAGGGAUUAUAGGCCUCAUCCCUCCUCAGAAGCUAUUCCGAGCAGUGACUGAAUCUCCAGGAACCGACACUGAAGUUGAAAACUUAGCUUCACAGUCUGGAAGAAUUGAAAAAGGGAAAACAACUUACGAGAUACAACAUGCAGAAAUUGUAGAAAAACUAAAAGGGAUUGAAAUGAGUGAAGUGUCAGAAUCAGACAAGAGUAUUGAGAUGGAGUGUAGGGGCUUAGAUGAAGUGGAUUCGUUAGGAUUGGUAACAAUUAGCAGUAGAGCAAGGUGCCUCAUCAAUUGGCUUGUGAGUGCUCUAUUGAAACUCCAGCAUCCCAACACAAAUGGGACUCCCUUGGUUAGAAUAUAUGGCCCAAAAGUAAAAUUUGAUCGAGGACCAGCAAUCGCAUUCAAUGUAUUCGAUUGGAAAGGAGAAAAAAUCGAGCCAGUCCUUGUACAGAAGCUAGCGGAUCGGAGCAAUAUUUCCCUCAGCUAUGGGUUCCUGCACCACAUAUGGUUUGCAGAUAAGUAUCAAGAAGAGAAGGAAAAAGUGAUUGAGAGGAGAAAUAAUGAAGCCGAUGGAAAUAAAGGAAAAGACAAAAGUGGCAUGGGAAUAGCUGUUGUUACUGCUGCAUUGGGGUUCUUAGCUAAUUUUCAAGACAUUUAUAAGCUUUGGGCAUUCAUUGCUCAGUUUCUUGAUGCAGAUUUUGUGGAAAAGGAACGGUGGAGAUCAACAAAAACGAAGUUCGAACCUUGAUCGGGGGAAAAACAAGGUUGUUGACGAUUAGGUCCAUUUCUUACCAUUUUGUACCAAGUGUCGCCAAGUUAGCUCGAAGAUCGAAGAACAUCGGAGCUCAAUUCACACUAUCAUAUGAUUGUUUUGGGUAUACUUGAUUUCAAUAUUUUGAGUAUGGCAUGUAGAAGGACUUGGCCAUUUUGUUAUGUGUCAUAUUGGUUUAGCAAAAUGUGUUGGCAUUGUAAUGGUUAAUGACUUAUUUUUUAUAUGGCCAUUGGAAGUUGGCUAAUAUUAUUCUUAUUGGUCAUUGGUAUAUUUAUGUGAUGAUGCUUAUCAUGAAGAUAAAUUUGGCAUGAAUGGAAAAGAAAGUAUGUGAUGUUUAUGCA